AUGCUUAGAAAAUGCAAGGGUCAUGGUUUUGAUGAUCUCACACAAAUCCACAUCUUCCGAAAUGGACUUCAACCGGUGCACAAGACACUUUUGGAUGCUACCGCGGGUGGAUCUUUAAUGUCAAAAAGCACGGAGGAUGCAAUAAUGAUAAUUGAUUGUAUGGCACUCAAUGACCUCCAAACUCAGCAUGAUAGGAGUCCAUCACAAAGAAAGCCGGGUGUUCUUGAAUUAAACACCAAUGAUGCCAUCCUUGCUCAAAACAAGAUUCUCUCUCAACAAGUUGAGUUACUCACUAAGCAAAUGUCGAAGCUUCCACAACAAAUGAAGGAAAUUCAAGGGAUGCAAAUGACUUCUCACGUAGCAAGUUGUGAACUUUGUCAAGGUGACCAUCCUACCGGGUUUUGUCCUCCUCCCGAGGGUGAAAAAGUGAAUUAUGUCAACAAUCAAAAUCAAGGUUAUCAAAGGCAACCUCCACCUCACAACAAUCCUUACCAAAGAAACAACCAAGGAUUCCAACCUUCAAGAUUCGGCAAUCAACACUAUCAACAUCAAAGUCCUUAUCAAAGUUCAAAUCCACAAGGCCAAGGUCAACAAUCUCAAAGUGGAAGCUCAAAGUUGGAAGACACUCUUACACAAUUCAUGCAAGCAUCCAUGGCUAAUCAAAGGAGUAAUGAAGCGGCCAUAAAGAAUUUAGAAAAUCAAGAGCAUUGCAAAGCCAUUGUUACAAGAAGUGGGAAAGAGGUGAAUAAUGGUGUAAAUGAAGAGUUUAUAGUGGAAGAUGAGGAGGAAGUAAUAGUUGAAGAUGAAGAGGAGGAAGUGAUAGUUGAAAAUGAGGGAGAAAAGAGUGAGGAGAAAAUUGAGGAAGAAUUAGUUGAAGAAGAGCGGAAAGAAAAAGAAGAAAGAGAGAAGAAUGACAAAAAGGUGAAGAGGAAUAAAAAGAGAAAUGAGAACGUGAGUACAAUUCCUCUCCAAUAUCUACCUUACCCGCACGUGCAAUCAAGGAAGGAAGACGCAAGGCGCUACACUCGAUUUAUGGAUAUAUUUAAACAACUUCACAUAAAUAUUCCCUUUUCCGAAGUAUUGGAGAAAAUGCCCAAGUAUGCAAAAUUCAUGAAGCAAAUGCUCACAAAGAAAAAGAAGUACACGGAUGAAGAGACAAUUGUGCUUGAUGCUCAUUGUAGUGCAAUUAUUCAAAAAACUCCCCCAAGAAAGGAAGCCGAUCCGGGACGAGUCAUUUUACCGAUCACCAUUGGAGGUAACUACAUUAGUAAUGGUUUGGUUGAUUUGGGGUCUAGCAUCAAUUUAAUACCUUUAUCCGUUGUCAAGAGAUUGGGGAACAUUGAGAUGAAACACACCAAGAUAACUUUGCAACUAGCCGAUAAGUCUAUCAUUUCACCAUAUGGAGUUGUACAAGACAUGCUAGUAAAGGUUGACAAAUUUUUGUUCCCGGUUGAUUUUGUGGUAGUCGACAUGGAGGAGGAUUGUGAUGUGCCAUUAAUACUUGGAAGACCAUUCAUGAAGACCACCCGAAUGAUGAUUGAUAUCGAUGAUGGGAUUAUGAAAGUAAGGGUGCAAGAUAAAGAGGUAAUUUUUACUCUUUUUGAGUCUACGAAGCCUCCUAAGGAUGAACAUGACAACUUUCGAAUCGAUGAUGAAAAAGGAGAAAUCAUUGAGGUGGCGAAUCAAUUUCACAAGGACAAGGAGAAGGCAAAUCAUGAGGGAAAGACUCAUCACAAAAACUUUGAAGUUGGACAAAUGGUGCUAGUGUGCAAUUCAAGACUCAAGGUGUUUCCUAGUAAAUUAAAGUCAAAGUGGUCGGGGCCAUUUGUUGUGAAAGAGGUGCGAAAUUAUGGAUCCAUUGUGGUGGAGGACCCUAAAACACAAGAAAGCUGGACUGUUAAGGAACAAAGACUCAAAGUCUACCACGAUGGUUAA